CCGUAGCCGCCGUCGACUUUGUUUGAUAUCACCUGAAGUCGGACUUUCAGAGAGAGGUACGCAAACACCACCUCAUUAUUUUGUGUGUUUGAAUAGGAUGCUAAUGGUUGGUGUUUAAUUAUUUUGUGCACGGUAGCGUCGUUAGAAUGGGUUCUUUUAAACCUAAAGUAAACUCAUCAGUAGAAUUGGAGUGGAAAACAAAUACAGGUAAGAAUGGCACAAGAAACAAGGGGAUAAGAGACGGGGUUAUAAAAGUUGGAGGGAAAGAGGAGAAAGAAGAUCGAAUCAGUGGAUUGCCAGAUUGCUUGCUUCUUGAAAUCCUCUCUCUUUUACCCUCCACAAAAGACGCCAUUAUAACAGGUACACUUUCCACACGAUGGAAACAUCUUUGGACUUCGGUUCCCACUCUAAUUUUUCAUUAUGAUGAAGAAAAGUACCAGUGGUCUGAUUUUGUUUCCUUGGUCGACAAAACCCUUACUCAGUGUCGCCAGCUGAAGCUCAAGAAAUUUGAAGUGAUUAUUGAUUAUUGUACUCAAUUUGAACCACACAUCAAUAAUUGGAUUCAUUAUGCUGUAAGAUGUAACGUUGCAGAGCUUAAUCUAUACAUAUGUCAUAUAACUGUUGGCUGUAAGUUUUUCAACAGUUCAAGUUUUACCGAUCCUACAAUAAGGGACUGCAUAUUGAAUCCAACUGAGGCGAUUAGUUGGAAAAUGAUUCGGAGUGUGAACAUUUCCAAAGGGAAAUUUGAUGAAGAUUUGAUUGAAAAAAUAUUUUCUGGUAGUCCUCUAUUGGAAACUUUGGUAUUGGAUAAAUGCUAUGGUUAUAGACGGCUUGAUAUUACUUCAAAGAGCGUUAAGAACUUUGUGCUUUCUGGAAAGAUGUAUGCAAAGGAUAAAUAUGCUGAAGACAUUGAUGAUGUUAUCGAAAUCAAUGCUCCACAUAUUUUAUCACUUACAAUCAAAGGUAGGCUGUGGAAGCUUUUGUUGGUAAAUGUGGCUUCUGUAGUCGAAGCUAGCUUAUGUUAUACAAAUUUUGGGCGUUGGAUACCGCCUAAAGAAAUAGAAGAAGAGAGGCUUAAAGGACUUAUACUAAACCUUCGCCAUGUCAAGGAGCUUAAAAUUGAGGGUUUCUGUUCUAAGGUAAAAUUUCUUUUGCUUUCCAGUUUAUGUCUUUCUUAA